CCCUGGAACGUUUCGAUUGAUCAGGUAUGAUCUUUCAAAACUUCGGUAAUAUAAGCGCCGGAUGGUAGUAUAUCAAACGAAUGCAAUCGUUAUUGUCGAACGAUCCAGCUUGGUGGCCAGUCAUCAAUGCAAGUCUUGUUAACAGCUAUUUUGAAGUUGCUGCCUGUGCUGCAGUGAUGUAUGAUUGGGGACUUACGUUCGGACAAGAGGUGGAACUGGUCUGGAGGCAACGUUGGUCCCUGAUGACCGUUUUGUAUCUCAUUGCCCGAUAUGGUGGAAUAGGAUUUGUUGUGAUUAACCUGUUGAUCAAUGUUCCGACAAUUUGGACAGGAACAGGGUGAGUGGUAUUAUCGAUCAACUAAUUGCUUCAAUAUAGCGACUCCCACAGCUGCCUUAUCAUAUACGACACACUUUCUGCGACGAGUGACGUUGUA